UAAAACUUUCACCAUGCUUUGAUACAGACAAAGUCAAGUUCUAAAGAAGUUUAGAUGAUCUUAAGCGUAGAAUGAGUGUGUUGUAAUCUUGGUAGGUGGCUGCUCCGAUACCACUGGAAAUUGUUGUUUUGAUCUGAGUCCACUCUGCAGCUUGAAUCGCUAAAAAUGGAAGGGAUUGAAUCUGGUUCUAGAACAAGGAAGAGAGUGGUGGUGAUCGGCGGUGGACUCGCCGCGAAAUUGCUUCAGUUCCAUGCUGAUGUCACACUCAUCGAUCCGAAGGAGUACUUUGAGAUUACAUGGGCAAGUUUGAGAUCCAUGGUGGAGGAGCCUAAGUUUGCUGAAAGAACAGUGAUUAACCACAAGAGUUACUUGAAACAAGGUCGUGUUGUAACUUCUCCGGCGAUCAAUAUCACAGAGAGUGAUGUUAUGACUGAAGAUGGAUCUAAAACUAGACAAGAGAAGUUGUCACAUUACCAAGCUGGUAUGAAUCUAAAUCCUGACAUCUUUUUCAUGUGAUUUCUGUUUGUUUAGUUGGUAAUGAGAUUGUGAGUGGAGAUAUUUUGUUUGUCUUUAGUAUGAUUUAUACAACAUUUGAUCUUUAUUGUGUAGAAUAUGACAAGAUCAAAUAUUCUGGAUCAGUUUUGAUAGUUGGUGGAGAAGAAGAGAUGAGUUUUAUUUAUCAUUUAUGUUAGAUACAAGUGUAAUAGUUUUAUAAAACUGUUUACUUGGC